GGAAAUUCCAGUUCUGCCUCACGCUUCCUGCUGUACUGUCGGAGAGGAAGUAGAUGAGAUGUCAGGGCUGUAGAAACUGUAGAGCGAGGAAGCUGGCUGGACCUCCAUUGGUGGCUCUGCGCAGGCAUGGGAAUCGGAUAAUUACACUGCAGCAUGGAAGGCAAAGGGCCUUAUCGUAUCUAUGACCCUGGUGGGGGAACACAGGAGGAAGCAGCAGCUGCCUUUGAACAUCUGGUGGAGGAAAAUACCAAACUGAGGAAAAAGAUGCAAGGGAUAAUGUCAUUAGGGGAACUACUGGAAGAGUCUCAGUUGGAAGCCUCGAGGCUACGACAGAAGGUGGAGAGUUUAGUGAAGGACAAUGAAGUGCUGAGAUCUACUUCCUCUCUGGACAGACUUGCUGAAAAAGCAGGAGGCAGCCCAGACCUUUGUUCUUCUCUAAUAGUUCCAGCAGAAGAUCUGAAGGAGCUGGAGCAAGGCAUGCAGAAGCCACACUCCAGUGGGUCGUCAUCUGAAUUUGAAAUUGUUGGUGCUGAAGAUAAGAAAUCUUCCCAGGAGAGCAGCAAGAAAUUGGACAUAGAGCCAUUUGGUAAUGAGGACGGCAAUCUCAUGCUCCACCUCCAACGCCUGGAGAACACUCUCAGCCUCUUUGCUGAGGAGUCCGAUAAAAACCAACUCUUUGCCCACCUGGGUCGGAUGGCCCUGGAAUUCAACCGUCUGUCCUCUAAGGUGCACAAGAAUGAACAGAGGACAUCUAUUCUCCAGGCAUUGUGUGAGCAGUUACGGAAUGAGAAUGAAGAGCUGAGAGCAAAGCUGGAGAAGGAACUUGAACAAAGGAACCAAACUUCAGAGAAGCUGAAGUGCGAGAAUCUGGAGCUGAGGAAGAUGGUGAUGAUGGGCAGCAAAGAAGAUGCAAAGGGGGAAGGCACAGAAAAUGCAGGGCAGCAGCAGAAAGGAAUCGUUUUGGAGAAGGCAGGAGGAAAAAUCUCUUUGGGGACAAGUGAGAAGAAAGUGAAGAUACUUGAGCACCAACGCAAUGAGCUGCUGGAGGUGAAUAAGCAGUGGGACCAUCAGUUCCGGUUCAUGAAGCAGCAGUAUGAGCAGAAGAUAACAGAGCUACGGCAAAAGCUUGCAGACUCCCAGAAAGCAGUCGUGGAGUUAGAGGCAGAGAGGGAGCAGAAGCAGCGGGAUUUUGAUCGUAAACUUCUGUUGGCAAAAUCCAAGAUUGAAGAAGAGGAGGCAGAAAAGGAGAGGUACAGUGCAGAAGUGAAAGACCUCAAACAGCAGGUGAAGGUACUGCAGGAUCAGCUGGUUCCAGUCACCAGGCAAAAGGAAUACCAGAAGGAGAUUCUUCGGCUAAACAAGGCCUUAGAAGAGGCUCUGAACGUCCAGGCCUCUGCACCUUUAGCCUCCAGGACCUCAGCUGAAUCCACUCUAAAUAUCCAACAGCAGGAGGUGGUGACCCAGAAUGAGCUCUUGAAGCAGCAGGUAAAGAUCUUUGAGGAGGACUUCCAGCGGGAACGGAGUGACAGGGAGAGGAUGAAUGAGGAGAAAGAAGAGCUGAAGCAGCAGCUGGAGAAACUUCAGAAGCAGUUAACACAUAUCAACAACCAGUUGAGGAUCUCUAAAGAGGACUGCCAGAAAGAGAAAGAGGAGAAGGACAAGUUGAAGAAACUGCUCAGGCAGUAUAAGCAGCAUUCUAGCGACAGACUGCACCCAGAGCCACAGCCAGGACCUGUGGCCCCAGUCUACCCCGUGUACCAGUUCCCAUGUAUCCCUCCAGUCCCACCACACGUAUACCAUGGUUACGAGGACUGGCAACAGAUCCACUACCCGCCAUCAACAAUAGCAAAUGAACGCCCUCCCGUUCAGAAUUUCCACCGUUUCCCUCCUCCAGAGUACACUUGGGGUCCACCAUGUGUUGUAUCGCAAAAUCAGAAUUCACAAGCAGUGGACAGUGCAAAACAGCCCCCAAAGGAAUCUGAUCCCACAGGUCUUGGGCUGCCCAAAAACCAAAGGCCUGCUUAAUUCUGUGGUGAUGGGAGAUAGCAUCAGAUGUAGACUUGCAGCAUGUAUGUGAACCUACCUAUGCAGGUGGCCUCCUUGUGCUUCUGAACACAGAUCAUGGUUUGUGUUUACGGAAUACACACACAUGGGACAAUAGCAUCUUCAGCUGGAUUGUCUGAAGACAUAUACAGCAUGUGUUGCAGAAGAGUGGUCUGGCUCAAGGCUUUGGGGAAACGGCUGAUUGAGAAACCUAUCUGUGUUGCUUUCUCCCAGCAUUUUGGAUCAGGAACUUGCCAUGCAUCAAAGAUUCUAUUGCAAAGGAGUGGCCAGCAGACUCCAGCAGCAAGUGGUGGGAGAGCCCCAUAUUGACAGAGCCUAAAUUUAGCUGGUUCUCUUUACAUUUGUGAUGUGGUGUUCACAUUUAUUUACAGCACAAAUAUUCAGUAUGCAAAACAGCUUUUGCAGAAGAACUGUCCUUUAUUGUGGCCAAAUGCCCGGACAGUCUAAGGACUCUGUAUCUUUGCUAGGAAACAAAGGAAAGAAAUUGAAUCCAUGUUUUGUGUUUUAUUCACAUGUCUCUAAUGCAUAGGAAUAAAAGCGAAAGGUGCCUUCUCUGACUAACUUCUUUUUUGAGAACUUGUAGUCCAGGGCUGUAGCCAAAGUAAAUGUUGUUUGAUUCUCCACUGGACUGCUGAUUUAAACUAGUGCUUGUUUAUCUGCAGCAUCCAGCUCUGCUUAUAAGUAUGCUGUAAAUGCCCUCCUUUUAAGACAUGGCAGCUCCCAUGUGUCUCCCUUAUUGGAGGCUCUGUUGCAGUUUCUGACUGCACAGCGUGGGGCACAAUGAAGUUGCACUGGUUUCUUUAACCACUGGGAUGCAGUAGGCUAGCAAGUUCCUGGGAUGCAGGAACUAGCAGGUUUCUACCUCUCAGGCUAGCAGGUUUCUACCUCUCAGCUUCUCUCCUGCAUUGGGGUGGCCUAUGUCCUGAGUGCAGAACUAUAUCGGUUUUUAGCAAGGUGCAUCUUGCUUUCUCUUGCUAGAGGUUAUGGAAUAAUGGAGAGAGUUGAUCAUUGGGGCCUGCCAACAUUUUAUCUGAGAAUGAUGGUGGGCAAGAUAGAGAUAGCUACCAAUGAAAGGCCAUUGUGGACAUUCAGUGUAUAAAAUCAGUGAGUAAAUGGAAUGUAACCCAUUUUGGCUGCAAUGAGGUAGAUUCUCAGUGCAGUCCUAAAAGCACUUUCCUGGGAGUAAGCCCCACUGAAUAGAGCUGAGUAGGAUUCUGAGUAGACCUAGUUAGGAUUACUCUCUAAAGUGUAUUUGGUUGUAUAAACAAGUGGCAUUCCUGAUACUGUCACUACUAGUUACAAGGCUCAAGAUGAGAAGCUUUGAUGAUAAUGGAACAGCUUGGAUGUGAUCAUGGGAGAGCUUCUCAUUGGCAUUGCACAUGCUGGCUUCCUCUUCAUUCUGCUCAUCAUCCAAGCUGGGUAUUCCAGUGAAACCAAAGCAUGCUUGUGGAAGCUGAAAAGUCUAGAAAAAAGAGAAGAGUUACUUUAUGGUUCACAGGAGUAAAAUAACAACAGGAAAGUGACAGGUUGUGAAGAGAGAGGACUGAAUGAUUAGGGUAGUAGGCAAGACAUAGCAUAGGGGAAAAAGAGGAUACCGAAUAAGGGAAAAGGCAUAUAGAAAAUGGCUAGAUGGAAGUAAGGUAGUUAAUUCACUCCACAGAAGGAAGAAGCACGAGUGGGUGGAGAGAUGGAGGAAGGAGAAGAUUUCAGGUUGUGCUUGUAAAGAACUUACUUGACCAGGCUUCCAUUCCACAGUAUUGUGGUCCAUAAUGGUAUCCUUUCUUUCCAUGUGUCUGUGAAAGUUAAGAGUUACUAGCUUCUAUAAUGAUUGCUCCAAGAGAUCUCUGUCCCACCCCCACCCCCAAAAAAUCUGGUCAGUUAAAUUGUUGUGGAUUAUCUUCAAGGUAAGUAAUGGUAGGGAUGGUAUAAAAUGCCAGGUAUGUUCUACCAUAUUAGUUGGAAUGGUCAGUAAUUGAAAUUUGAUCUCCUUUGAAACUAGAAGGGAUAUUCCCAAAUAAACAGCCAUGAAACUCUCUGGAGAAGCAGUCCCUUCUGGUAAUAACCAUAGAAGUAGUUCCUUGCCUUGUUUCAAAUAUACUGAAAAAUAAUAAACUCCCAGGACAAAAGUAUUCAAGGACUGAAAAUGUGUGUGCUGUGACAUUAUUUAAAUCUACCUGUACAGUGAGCUCACAUUGUCAUAAGAAAGUACGUUGCUUUCUUAUGAUACUUCUGUGUACCAUAGAAAGAGGUGAGUGAAGGGAAGAAGAGGACUGCCUUUUUCUCUCUGAACGAUGACAGCCUUCCUUCACAGGAACAGCCUUUUCUUUACCUUUAUAGGGACUUGGUGUGCAUUGCCUGUAUGUUCAGACAUGCUAAUAUUUUUUGCUAGCUAAUCUUCCUAUUUUGUGAAGUUUGUAGAGAUACACAGAAGUGAGUGAGUAAGACUUCUACUUAUUACAUCCUUUUGUACAUUUUAGGCAUUUUGUUUGUGCAAAGUGGUCUUAAUUAUAAAUACUGGUUUGAUUUUAUUUUAUCUUUUAAUAAAGUAUGAGUUUUUCCA